UUGCCGUUGAUUUUCGAAAAAAUAGUCUGUUGGGUGUUGCUGGCUGUUGCUGGCAACUUGGCGGCAAUAAUGUCUACCGCGUGUGCUGCUUGUGUCGGCUGCCACACUACUUCGUUUGAGAAAUCCGUGAGCGGUUGCGGUUACAAACGAAAAUCAGUAAAAUGUUUGACAGAUCCGGGCACAAUCGAGAAAGUGUUUGGUAGAGUUCUAACUCCUGAAGAAUAUAAAACACAAUUCUUGUGCCAGGCAUGUAUUACGACACUCAUCGCACAAACCAAAAAAAAGAAGAAAGGGGCGACUAAAAGACGGUACGUGGCUGCACCUGCAGUGAACUUGAAAACCAGCGACUCCUCAUCACCCAAACCAUGCAAACUGUCGAAGUGAGUGAAGGACGACUUCAAGGUAACGGCAAAAAAAUUUAUUGACCAAUCAAAGUACGUCAAAGCGAUCCGCUGCUUGAUGCGUGCAAGUGAAAAGGCGCGUAUAGCCUUCAAGAAAAUGUGCGUCCAGCAAGUCAAAGAGGAGGGGAAAAAGGUCAGGAAUGAAAAAGAAGGUGACCAGGGGGCCGAGGUUGCUGGAGUUUUGGACGGCGAUCCUACGAUACCGAAAUUGGAGAGCUUUCGCUGGGCUGGCCUCAUUGAUGAAGCGCGGGCAAAGAUGCCUUUACUCGUAUCUGCAGUGGAAGCCUCACUCUCCCCCAAGCUAAAACAAAAACAACCAGAUCGAAAGGACAGCGUUCGAGAUAAACGGCUGGGGAUAAUUCUUGCCGUCAUCUUCUACACGAGAGUCCCACGCAAGUACAACUUCGUUCAAGGCGCCAUUGGUGUGGAACUAUGGCGGCAAGGAUGUUCCAAAAAGCUAUUCCAGGCCCUGAACCAUCUGGGAAUUUCACUAGGACGUCAAACAUCUCGACAACACGUCGACCAACUCGCCACCGAUCAAGACAAUUGUCUUGUCAAGUGGAAAUCUGCCGUACAGACCACUUACGGUUCAAGAUAUUGGAAAACAGGGCGACGAAGGUCGUCUUUCAAGCAAGAUCCAGGUUACGGUGUUUGCUGGGACAACGUUCAGAUAAAUCCGCACCGCAAACUCCAAGGCAAGCAAAAGAAGGCAGAAUGCCUGUCGUGGGCCCUAGCGUUCGCUUGCGGCAACAGGAUCCCGACACUGCACCUGAAGGAUCCCAGUACCAUCCCUGCUUCCCAGCUGAUUUCAAGUAUUCUCCCUAGGCCUGCAGACUACGAUGAGUUAAGGAAGCUGAUGGUCUCUUUGGUGAUGCGGAUACUUGUUAAGUACCUUCCAUUCAUGCAGUCCAUGAAGAAACACCUCCCUCGUCCCAAGCAUCAGUACAGCGCCGAGAUGACCAGAAAAAGCGAAGUGGUAAACCUUGGUGUUCUAGAAGUGAAUCCUGCAACCACAGCUGGUGUAGUACGUGUGAUGGAGCAUCUUCAUGCCUAUGUCCCUGAGCCCGACGGCCAACUUUGUCCGAUCUUGUGCAGUGGGGAUGGCCUCAGCGUAGACAGGAUGACCCGUGCAAAAAGGGCCAGUAUUAACAAAGAAAGCAAGAAACAGCAGCUUCAGGGGUUAGUUGAGUGCCCUCAGGAAUCUCAUAAGGAGAAACUACUCUUACAGGACACAAUGAACAAUCUGUAUAAGGGCAGCAGUGUCGCCUCCAGAGGGAGCCUUGCUCACUUAAAGGAGUUCUACAGACACCGAUGUAUGGCCAACGAUGCAAAGCAGGACAUUCAGCACAUAUGGGAUACGAUUGAGUUCUGCACAGAGGCAUACGUCACGCUCUUUGCCAUGACCGCAGCAAACAUGGAGACAGUAAACGAUGUGCCUCUCAACUUUCCAGUCAAUGGGAACAUGGCGGACAAGACGGACUUUGUAUGGAAGAUAGCUGGAGCUGCAGUGGACUUCUGUUGGUCGGCAACAAAGAGUGAGGACAUCAGGAAAGUCUAUGCAAGUACCAAGUCGUCAGCAAGCACCCCGGGAGAACCUUAUGGUUUCUGCUGUUGUGGCAAAGAAACUGACGAAGCAAUGAUCCAGUGUUUCAGCCACCAGUGUCCUCACGUAUGGUACCAUCUCUCCUGCGUGGGGCUUGAUGAGCCACCUGCGGUUGAAUGGUACUGCAGUAAAAAGUGCGACGGAGAUGGAACCUAUAUUUAUUGCAUGUGUCAUCAGCGGAAGGGAGGUGAGAUGGUACAGUGUGCUCUUAAGCAAGACUGUCGUCGACACGAGUGGUACCAUUGGUCAUGUUUGUCUGAUACCACUUUCCCAGAUUUGUGGUUUUGCUGCGAUGACUGUGCGCUUGGAAGUGAAGGUGAUGAUUCUGUCCAGAAUUACACCAAGGCACUAAUGUGGCGCGGUUUAAACCAUCUUGCGCGGAGAUGGGCAGUCAGACAUGGCGAUGGCAAAACAAUGACGUCCCAUUGGAAGAUGGACCUGAUAGAGUUCUGGGCGUUCGGACAUGACAAGUACCUGACCAUGGCCCAGCAGUUUUUGACAGGUGUCAGUGGAUUUCUUCCCGAACGUCUUCGUCAUGACAUUACAUGGAACAGAGUGGCUAAUGUCCACGGCAUGGAAGGAGAAAACAUUGGCCUGGACCUUCUCAAUAAAUUCCUAAACAAUGAAUUCAAAGAUAUGCUGCUGAGAUCCCGGAGAAAAUACACACAACAACAGGCACAGCGCUGUUCACAAAUGAGCGGCGAGUUAGGAAAACAGAUCGACCAACUGCUAACAGGCGGACUGGGUGAUCUUCCCAGCAAGAAUUCCUCUGAGAAAACCGUCAACAAAGACGUGCUGGAUUUUGUGAGCGAAUUUAAGAAAGAUGCCCUCUUUGACUAUGUCCCUGGUCGGCAUCAUCAGGGAUUUGAAGACUACACGUACGAUACCAGCAUCGAAGCACCCGAUUGUCUCGGGCAAAGGCUCCUCGUGACUUCCCAGGAGAUGGACCGGUGGAAUGAGAUCAUGGAAUCGUGAAUUUCUACUCGCCUCUACUCUUCCGUACAACAGUGCGAGACGAUCACCUUGACGCGUUCAUUCAUUCCGGUUAUCUUGAGAUGCUUGAGCACCGCUCGUCUCAUGCAGUUGCCUCCUUUGACUGUGCUGCACAGCUGCAUCAUGCUACUGUCAGAAUAUCGCUUGUUAAUGGACCACGGGAAUAUGUACAGCUUUCGAAAUCCUUGCCUCCCAUCUCUUAGGCACCUACCAAAUUCUUACCAAUAACUGAGAACAUCUUUUUGCCGGUCCUCAGUGGAUCACAAAUUCCACAUCAUCUGUGUGGAUGACUAAACCAAAAGCCAUAACUGAGAACAUCUUUUGCUGGUUUCUAGUGGAUCACAAAUUCCACAUCAUCUGUGUGGAUGCCUAAACUAAAAACCAUUACUGAAAACAUCUUUUGCUGGUCUCUAGUGGAUCACAAAUUCCACAUCAUCUGUGUGGAUGACUAAACUAAAAGCCAUAACUGAGAACAUCUUUUGCUGGUCUCUAGUGGAUUACAAAUUCCACAUCAUCUGCAUGGAUGCCUAAACCAAAAGCCAUAACUGAGAACAUCUUUUACUGGUCUCUAGUGGAUCACAAAUUCCACAUCAUCUGUGUGGAUGACUAUAAACCAAAAGCCAUAACUGAGAACAUCUUUUGCUGGUCUCUAGUGGAUCACACAUUCCACAUCGUCUGUGUGGAUGACUUAACUAAAAGCCAUAACUGAGAACAUCUUUUGCUGGUCUCUAGUGGAUCACAAAUUCCACAUCAUCUUUGUGGAUGCCUAAACCAAAAGCCAUAACUGAGAACAUCUUUUGCUGGUCUCUAGUGGAUUACAAAUUCCACAUCAUCUGUGUGGAUGCCUUAACCAAAAGCCAUUGAUGAGAACAUCUUUUGCUGGUCUCUAGUGGAUCACAAAUUCCACAUCAUCUGUGUGGAUGACUAAACUAAUAGCCAUAACUGAGAACAUCUUUUGCUGGUCUCUAGUGGAUCACAAAUUCCACAUCAUCUGUGUGGAUGCCUUAACCAAAAGCCAUUACUGAGAACAUCUUUUGCUGGUCUCUAGUGGAUCACAAAUUCCACAUCAUCUGUGUGGAUGACUAAACUAAUAUCCAUAACUGAGAACAUCUUUUGCUGGUCUCUAGUGGAUCACAAAUUCCACAUCAUCUGUGUGGAUGCCUUAACCAAAAGCCAUAACUGAGAACAUCUUUUGCUGGUCUCUAGUGGAUCACAACUUCCACAUCAUCUGUGUGGAUGACUAAACUAAAAGCCAUAACUGAGAACAUCUUUUGCUGGUCUCUUAGUGGAUCACAAAUUCCACAUCAUCUGUGUGGAUGCCUAAACCAAAAGCCAUAACUGAGAACAUCUUUUGCUGGUCCCCAGUGGAUCACAAAUUCCACAUCUUCUGUUUGGAUGCCCAAACCAAAAGCCAUGGUAGCCACAAAGCAUCGGAGUGGAGAUGUCGUUUUGCAAAAUGACGAUGUAACACGCCUUUGGCUUUCGACGUCAUUACUACCAUGGUACAUGUCAAUUAUUCUAUUAUGGACACUGUGUAUGGGGUCCACUGAAGCCAUCCCCCCAGACUCGUCAUCAGCUAUGCAUAAAUGCAAGAGACUUUGUUCACUUGUCUACAAAGAUACAAUAAUAAACAAAGAGUGAUAGGUAGUUGGCGUUGUGUUUGAAAGACACACCCGCAUGUAUGUAAGAGAAAAUAAUUUACGUUGUGUUAAUUAUGGCCUUUGGUGCAUACUUUCUUCUCUUUAAUAGAGACAAUACCAGGCCAAACGUUCUUCAACAUUGGCGUUAUCCACGUUGUACAUCUCCAAUCAUAUAUUGGGUCUGUAAAAAAAAUAUUGAAUAAAAUAAAAGUUGAAGACGAUGUUGUGAUAAUAAUACGCUUUGUGGUUUAAAUGCCUGCUUGUUAAAGGAGUUAUACUUUUUGUUAAGGACUAGAAGUCAAAAUGAGUUAAACUCUUUUUAAUUCUAGGAAACUCUCAUUGAUAAUCUUACCUGUCUUGAAGCACUGCCACGAUGUCAAAUGUCGACAUCUCAAGCUGCAACAUAUUGGUGAUCUCCUUUAUCAUAUGUGUUGCCGUUGCCUUUGUCCAUGAUCGGUGAGAGCCAUCCGUAGCAAUCGCUUUUGCCAAAACCAGUUGGUAGCAAAAAUGUCCAAAAAUGUUUUUGUAUUUCUUUACUACUGACUCGAUUGCCUGCAUCUGCUCUAAUUUUAGAGAAUAAGGUACGUUGUGUUCCUUCAAAACAGCAUCGAUUACGUCGUCCAUACUUAACAACUCAAAAUUUGCUCUUAUAUAUCGCCUAUACAAUGUCCGACUAGGCGGAAACUUGAGUUUGAAAAUUACCGCGCAGCGUGCUAAAACGUUUGUGCACAUGCGUUUGGUUACUAAGCAAAUCACACGUGGGCAUUGCGUGUUCACGCUGCAUGCACGGACGCAGAAGUUUGGAGGGCGUUAGCGUACGUGUGCGCGUACGUACGCACAUACGACUUGGUGAGAAACUGAUAAAAAGAGUCAACAAAAACGUACAAGUUUAAUGUUGCUUUAGAGUUUGUGUUCCUCUUUAAUGUUGGUCAGCAUAGCAUAUGGAAUUCCUUAACCCACCGUAUGCAUAGAUAAGGACACAUAGAGUAUGUGGACGUGAAAUAAUCUUCCAUAACGAGGUAAAACGUAAAAAAAAUCUUGUUUAAGAGUUGGGUGGUAUUGCAUAGAGAAAUCUCAUCCUGGACGUUAGUUGUAAUGCAAUGAAGACGUCCAACCUGGGCUAGGUCAACCCUAGCCCCAUAAAUGUGGCCAAUUUACUGGACUACCUCCGUGAAUAAAUGCCCACUUGGAACAUGUACCAGAAAAUGUAGAACUUUGUCAAGUUUUUAUUUUCACAUUUAGACUUUGUAGUUAUUUAUGCUUUAGAUGCACACUCGCCCUCUUUAUUUAAAGCGAUACAAAAUUAGUCUCCCCAUUUUCAGACGUCUAUUUUUUGUGUAAUUUCGUGUUGGAAUUUAGAUACCCUAAUGUGUGAAAAUGAGCCUGGAAAUUACACAAAAUAUAGAUGUCUGAAAAAAGGGGGGAUUCAUUUUCUAUCGCUUUAAAGAGGGCGAGUGUGCUUCUAAAGCGUAAAUAAACUACAAACAAAGUCCAAAUGUGAAAAUUUAAACCAGGUUUUUUUUUGGAGCCACUGAAUUGUGUAAAUUUAAUGCAUAGUUAUUUGAAAUUAUUGUGCAUACCAAAAGGAGUGCAGAAAUAUUAAAAUGUUCAAAACUCUCA